UACAAGUAACCAAAGCGGGGAGCGUGUGGGGAGGAGGAUGUUUGAUUUUUGAAGAGAGAAAGAAUAACGGUAGAGAAGAAGGCCAACUUGGUCUCUUCCUCCUGCGUCUUUUUUUUACUCAUAUCUUAGAUUUCUCUUUGAAGUUCUCUCAUUAGAUUUCGUCGGCCGAGUUUGGCAAAGUUUGUGCCUCUUUGCGCUUUAGAUUUUACUGUAGAAAGAGGGGAAGCAGAGAAAGGGGGAAGCUUGCCCACAAGUGUUCUCUAAAGAAGCCCGCCUUUCUUCUCUAAAGUUCGCUGGAGAAAAAAUUUUGGAAGAAAGAUUGGAUUUUGCUUGAAAAGCUGAGAGAUGUGGGAUCUCAAUGAGUCGCCGGACCAGAGAAAUGCUGCGAUAUCCCAAGUCGAGGAGAUCUCCUCAGGCGGUUCCGAAGCCAUGGUGAUGGAGCUUGGAGCGGGGUCUACUGAAAACUCCAGCUCCUCUACCGUCGUGAUCGAGCACUCGAACGGUGGAGUCGGCGUUGAGGACUUGUUUGGGUUCGAGGAGAGCUACUCAGGCGAAAGUGAGACGGUAGUGACGCACCAGUUCUUUCCGAUUAGUGAACGGAAGCCGGAGUUACCAUUGCUUACUUUAGGCGCCGGUGGUAUGCCGCCGGAGCAGAACACCAGGUUCGGAUUGAAGCUGUCGGAGCCGGCCAUGGCCGGCGGCGUUGUCAAGAACAUGGUGGUCUCGCAGCCAAUCAAAAAGAGCCGGCGGGGCCCGCGAUCACGGAGCUCACAGUACCGUGGUGUCACCUUCUACCGGAGGACCGGUCGUUGGGAAUCCCACAUCUGGGAUUGUGGCAAACAAGUUUAUUUAGGAGGAUUCGACACAGCUCAUGCUGCUGCAAGAGCUUAUGACAGAGCUGCCCUAAAGUUUCGUGGCGUUGAAGCAGACAUUAAUUUCAUCCUGAGUGACUAUGAGGAUGAACUGAAGCAGAUGGGUAAUCUAACAAAGGAGGAAUUUGUUCUUCUUCUUAGAAGGCAAAGUACAGGAUUUCCUAGAGGAAGUUCUAAGUUUAGAGGGGUUACCCUUCACAAAUGUGGCAGAUGGGAGGCUAGAUUAGGCCAGCUUUUAGGCAAGAAAUAUGUUUAUUUGGGUUUAUUUGAUACAGAAGUUGAAGCUGCUAGGGCUUAUGAUAAAGCUGCAAUAAGGCUCAAUGGGAGGGAUGCAGUGACCAACUUCGACCCAAGGAAAUAUGGAGAAGAGCUCAACUCUGAAGAUGUAGAAGCUGAUCAUAAUUUGGAUCUCACUUUGGGGAGCUUCAGCUCUAAAAGAAGUCUUGCACCGAUUGAAGAUGAUGGCUUGAUGAUCAUGGAUCAGAGGGUUCAAAUGAGUUAUGAACCUGAAUGGAUUAGAAGCACUGGACCCAAGUACGAUGACAAGCCUAACCUGCCUGAACAAGAGCAUUACAGAACUAAUCAUCAUCCCUCAAGCAGCAUAUAUAUCCAAACUCCAGUCCUCCAGGCCCAUCGGCUUGAAUUUGCUAACCAUAAGCAAUUUCGAAGCAGUAGCCAUGGAAUGAAAACAAAAGAUGAAGGUUUAGGACUAUUUUCUUUAUCGGUCAGCAGCAACGAGCAGCCUCGAAGGCUGCCGGUUUCUGCAAUGGGCGGCGGAAUCCAGUGGCCAGCAUCUGCAGCUUUCACUGCAAGUAGCUCUCCUCAUCUGUUUUCUGCCAUGACAGCAGCAUCAUCAGGAUUCUCUUAUCAAACUGUGAGGCCUCAGCCCAACAAAAUACAGAGGAACUGAACUAUCAAUAGUAAACUUCAUGGCUUUUCUUUUUCAUGGUUCCUCUGUGAUGGGUUGGAGUUGCUUUGAUCAGUUUUAUUAGUUAACUUCAAGCACAUAAGGCGUGCAAAUAGGCUUAUAUUUUUUCCUGCACUUGGUAGGAACAUGUGCUAGCACAAGUUGAAAGGUUGAAUCUAAAUGCAACAUUUUGAGUUGUUUUA